AUGGCCCUUCUUUUCGCUGGUCUCUCCCUCCUCGGCACUGCCGUUGCCAAGUCAGUCAGCAUCGUCCCUUUGGAAGGCGGCUGCGCGGCAUUACCGGGUUACGAUGCCUCGAGGGGCAUUGCCGGUCCCUGGACCAUCGAAGUGAAUGGAUGCGUGAAUAGCACGGCGUCCAACGAACCCUGCAGUAUUGAGGGAUACGGCAGCAGUGCUGUGUAUCGGAUUCUUGCGGGUGAUAACGGAGUUCAUCAGGGCUAUAUCACCAUCGCCCACCGCAACGACAUCGCCAAAAACCCCCUCCGAUGCAACGACGCCUCGAACUCCAUCGAAGCCUGGGUUCCCUACGGCGUGAGCGGAUACGACUGGCGCAGCGUUCGAGUAGCUAAUAUCCCAUACUCGGCGCCGUUGAUGUACGGUCUGGAGGACAAGUAUAGCAACCCUGUGCUUGCGUAUCGGCUCACAGUGGAUGGAAAACCCCAGGACGGGAUCUUCCUGGGUGCACAUAACGUCACUGAAUGGGGCAUUAAGUAUGAGCAGGCCGAGGUGGGGAGUUUCGGUAAUCCGUACUGGUUUUUCCGUCUCUUGGGACCGAAUAGUCAGGAUCCGCAGACUGGAAAGGAGUUGGAGGAGGGGGAGUCGAGGACUUUCAUUAAGAUCAAUGGGAGCUGA